AUGAACUACAAUUUGCAUCCCGUCUCGUACCUCAACGCCGACUCCAACCAGUCCGUCUCGACGUUGACGGAAUCCGCUCCCCAGCCAACGGCCCCCGUAGCAAAGACUUCCAGCUCGUCUGCCCUCGAUAUGGAAAUGGACUCAACGUCCCCUUCGUCCACCUCCAACUCGUCGCUGCCAAACAACAACGGCCUGCCCCACUCGUCGUACACUUCACAGUCGUCGACAAACAACGCCGGCACUACUUCAAACACCGCUACCACCACCACCUCGUCCUACUCUACUCAGCCUCCACAAUCUCUCCAUCCCCAGCUUAAUACCCACUACCCACAGCCUUCGUACUUGGGCCCAUCAUAUACCAACCAGCCUGCUUCGUUCCUCUAUCCUUCGCAGAACUACCACCACGAGGGAGACCAGUUGUUGAACUCGUUCUUCCCAAACAGCAACAUCUCCAUUCCCUCCAUCAAUGACUUGAAUGCCGGCUUGAAGAAAGACGCAACUAUUGCCACAGUUCCCACCGGAACUGGCCAGACCAACAAACCUGCUAAAAAGACAUACAAGAAGAUCAAGGAUGAAGACUUGAGGGGCCCCUUCAAGUGUUCCUGGGGCGACUGUUCCAUUAUCUUCGAAACACCAGAGAAGUUGUACGACCACUUGUGUGACGAUCACGUGGGAAGAAAGUCGUCCAACAACUUGCUGUUGACAUGUCACUGGGACAACUGUGGAAUCACAACUGUUAAGAGAGACCAUAUCACAUCGCACUUGCGUGUUCACGUGCCAUUGAAGCCUUUCCACUGUGACUUGUGUCCAAAGUCUUUCAAGAGACCACAGGAUUUGAAGAAGCACUCCAAGAUUCAUGCUGACGACCGUCCCAAGAAGUUGAAGAGAGCUCAGAAGGAGUUGAUGAAGCAACAACAGAGGGAAGCCAGACAGAGACUUCGUUUGACAGGCAAGAUGGGAGACUUCUCCACUUUACCUAUGCCUGGAACUUAUGGAGGCAACUACUAUACUGGAACCCAGUUCAUUAACCAUCAGCAUCUGGAUCUUUACGAUCAGAACUCGUCGAGAAAGAGAAGGAGUGAAAAUAACUCCCAGCACAACAUGUAUGUCGUGAACAGCAUCUUGAACGACUUCAACUUCCAUAAUGUGAACCAACAACAGCAGCAGGCUCAUGAGUAUCCAGCUAAGAAGUUGAAGCAUGGUGAGGCUCAGUACAACAUGGACAUCUUCAACAAAUUGAACCACUUGGAUGAGAACAUACACCAUCACCAACAGCCUCACCAACAACCUCAACCACAACACAAUCCUUCGUUUGGAAGUAACAUAUACGAAGCCGAGAAGUUCUUCAAUUCAUUGUCGAACUCUAUCGAUGCUCAAUACCAGACGAUGUCUAGCCAAUAUCAACCAGCUCCUUCUGCGACUUCACAGUUGUAUCCACCUUUGCCUCAGUUGUCAGCUUCUGCUGGCAAGAAUGAAGUAGCAUCUGCUGGAAGCCACUUGCCUUCUUAUCCACAGAUCAAUAGACCUAUUGGAAGCGGAUUCCACAGCCAUCACUACUAUAGUCAGCAACAGCAUCCAGUGUCGAUGGAGAUGGGUGGAGUUUCGACUUACCAGAAAUCUGCCCAAGAGUUGGACGAUGACGAGGAAGAGUUCACUUCUGAAGAAGAGUUUGACUCUGAAAGCUCUGUAGCGUCAUCGGCAGAAGAAGAAGAAGACGUGGACGAAGAGGAAGAAAUCGAAGCUUUGUUCGGCAAGAUGACGAUCAACGGUAAAGAAUUCGACUUGAGUUCUGUAAUGAAGCACAAGGCUAUGAUAGACAUGGUUUUGGACUACUUGAGAGAACAGAUCGAAUCGCAGAAGAAAGAACAGGAUUCCCCUUCUGAAGCCGAAGAAAAGAAGUCCUUGUACCCUACAAUUGCCGCAUUCUAA